AUAGAAGGCAGGGCACUAGAGCCAGCCCCAGCCAAGUCCAGGGGGAGGGGCGAAGGUCAGUAGCGGCCUUCCUAAGGCUUCCUUCAACCCCUCCUUGCCUGCCAGUCAAGUACCGUAUUUUCGCAGUACUGGUUAAAGUUUCACUUUGACCCGCCUCCAUCACUCACCUGAUUAGAUGUUUAUGAGUCAAAAGGCGGGGUCAUGGGGUGUCGAGAUUUUAUUGGUGGAUACAUACGCCUGUCGGCAGUGUACCGCCCCCUGUCUUCAGGAGCUUGCUCUUUAAUGGCUCCUUACCUCGUCCAUCUUCGAGGUUUCUCCCUCGCUAUUGGCUUGUGGCCCCGCCUGUCGAGUCCCUUGCUCGUACUUGUUGGUGACAGCGCCCAAAGAGACUCGCCUUUCUCCAGAGGAUUGGUGGAUGCGUGCACAUAUAGCCCACCCUCGAAGGAGUGUUGAAGCCUGGAAAUCCCCUCCCCUUCCCCCUCCCCCCUUUACAGUAUCCCCCUCCCUCCACCCUUUCCCACUCUGAUAAUCUGGCCAUGACUAGCAGAAGCACAGCUAGGCCCAAUGGGCAACCCCAGGCCAGCAAAAUUUGCCAGUUCAAAUUGGUCCUGCUGGGAGAAUCUGCAGUGGGAAAGUCAAGCCUGGUAUUACGUUUUGUCAAAGGGCAGUUCCAUGAGUACCAGGAGAGCACCAUUGGAGCGGCCUUCCUCACCCAGUCCGUUUGUCUAGAUGACACAACAGUGAAGUUUGAGAUCUGGGACACAGCUGGGCAGGAGCGAUAUCACAGCUUAGCCCCCAUGUACUACAGGGGUGCCCAAGCUGCAAUCGUGGUUUACGACAUUACUAAUCAGGAAACCUUUGCCCGAGCAAAGACAUGGGUGAAGGAACUACAGCGACAGGCCAGUCCUAGCAUCGUUAUUGCCCUGGCAGGGAACAAAGCUGACCUGGCCAACAAACGUAUGGUGGAGUAUGAAGAGGCCCAGGCAUAUGCAGAUGACAACAGCUUAUUGUUCAUGGAGACUUCAGCCAAGACGGCUAUGAACGUGAAUGAUCUCUUCCUGGCAAUAGCUAAGAAGUUGCCAAAGAGUGAACCCCAGAAUCUGGGAGGUGCAGCAGGCCGAAGCCGGGGUGUGGAUCUCCAUGAACAGUCCCAGCAGAACAAGAGCCAGUGUUGUAGCAACUGAGGGGGUGGCUAGCAGCAAACAAGUAUGGAGCUAGCACAAGAGCUAAGAAAUAACCUCCAUCCCUACCCCUCAGCACACAGCCCCUACGGUAACAGCACACUGAGCCCUGGCUCCCAAGGGCUGCCUCCUGACAGCUCCGUCAUGGCACUUUUUAACGCUUCAGCAACAAACACCAGGCAGCUGUUGCCACUGGCCUCCUACCCCCUACUCUGGGGCUUGGGGGUCAACUCCCCCCAGGACUUACCUUCCAAAACAAACUUUCUUCACUUUGUAUUAUAGGUACAAGACAGCGACUUACGUAUCUUUUCUCCUCCUCCCUAGUGUUCCUCCCCAUUUUUUCAGAAAACACUUCUGACUGCUGUCCCUUCCCCUUCUGCUUUUGGUCAAUCCCUGUUCUUGAGCCUCUUUUCUCCUCUCCCCAGGAUGCAGAAAGUGGUGAACCCAGGAACUGAGGAAGGAGGUUUCCAGUUCAUUUACAUUAAGGGCCCUGGGGGAGAAUAAAGCUCAGAGCAGGAGGGAGUAAGGAAACAUUUCCUUUUUGUUUUUAUUUGGUUGGAGUUUCUCAUAUUUGAAAACAUUGCGGUAUCCAUGAGUUGGCCUUGUGGAGGGUGUUCCUAGGUAGAGGUGAGAAUGGGGAGGCAAGAUCUCAGGCACCAGGCAGGAGGUGCCUUGUAAGCUAACUGGGCGGUGGUGGAGGUGCAGUGUCAACUGUGGCUCUGUAACUCUUCAAAGGCUCAGUUUCCCCUCACGCAGCCUCUUAGGUAGCGUUUCCCCUAAUCGUGGGGGUUGGACCCCAGAGUCUUCCAAAGAAUUUUCACUGGUUGCCUGCAUCUUUGGCUCUGCUGUGAUCUGAUUGGAGGAGGGACAGUUUCUGGUACCCAUCCUCUGAUUUAUACAUAUGCAUUUUUUCCCCUCUGGCCUUUAGAUGGCCUCAGCCCCAGCCACCAUAUACCCCUGCAGUUUGCACUUUAAUUGAUGGUAGUUCAGUUGGGGUACUUGUUUUAUGGAAGUUUUGAUUGAUUUACUUGCCCUCCCACCUUCUUUUUAAUUCAAUGAAAUCUGAGGUUAAUAAGAGGUUCGAGGAGAGGUUAUAGAUAAGACUACCAGUGGCAGCUACUCAAGUCCUAUCUCCACUGUUAGCUUCCUCCAACUCUAAUUAUUAACCUAUAUUCUUGCCAAGCUAACUAUUGACUAUAGGUUUGCCUUUCCUGGAGAAUUAAUUGAGCAAUUGGGGAGUGUCUCAGGAUAGCACAGGCCAAGGUAGGGGAGUAAAAAGGAGGUCAGGCAAAAGGGAGGAGUUUUCUGUCCUUUCCCAGGUUUCACACUCAAUUUGAUAUCCAUUACCAUGUCUUUUCUACUUCCUUGUAAAUAGGUAUGAUCUUUAUUCUCACUGUACAGUCUGUUCUAUCCUCUGCCUCCCAUCAGGCCCUGUUUCUUUGCUCCUUUGUUAAUAUCUUGAAUUUAGUCCCUCCAUCCUUAAUCCCCCCAUACCUCCCCAUCAUGCAACCAGUGGUUUAAUCCAUGUACCAAUAGGGGCUAGUACCACAGAGGCCUCCUGUGGUGCCCUCGUAUCAUACCACCUGUUCCUGUGGAGAGGGAAUGACCGGCACUGAAGGUACCUUACAACUGGCUCAUAUUAUCAGAGGACCUUGGUCCUUUCUAAAUCUCUAGUCUCUCUUCAUAUCCUUCAUCAGGUGUUUUAAGAUGUCUCUGAGAAGCCAUCAAGGCAAAAGAGAACUUUAAGUUCCUUGUUCCAGCCCGGAGUUUUGGGAAAGAAAGAAAGGAAAGGUCACAGUGACCUAGGAUUGGAACCUUCCUGCCCUUUUGGCUUGCAGACUGCCUUCUAUCCCAGAACAGCUGAGAAAUCUGUGAAGCUGAGAUUCUGAAGGACCCAGCUUAGGUUCUUCCACUUAGGCCUCAAUUCCCUUCCUUUUCCAGGGGCAGCCUUAGUUCCCAUGGCCCUGAAACACACACAUUUCCCCCUUCCUUUCCCAGAAGCCACUGGCCCCCCAUAGCACCCAGUGCAUCCUUUUUACAAGUGGAAGAACUAGUAUGGCUUUCCAAAGUCUUCUAGAAAUGAAGUUCUUUCUCUGUGCAGCUUUCCCCCUUGGAGCAGGAGUGAAGAUGUUUCAUUAUCUUGGGCGUGGGAAACCACUUCCCCAGGCUUCUCCCUCCCCCACCCCCAUAGGAACAGGAUUUGGCCUUAGCUUCUGGGCCUAUCGGCUGCCUUCCCUCUACUUCCUACCACCUCUUCUGCCUUCCUUUGAGCUCUGUUGGGCUUGGGGAUCUUAGUUUUCUUUUGUUUAUUUCCCAGCUCAUUUUUUUCUUCUGGUCAGUUUUUUUAAGGGGGGGGUGUUGUGGUUUUUUGUUUUUGUUUUGCUUCUAAGAAAGCAUUUGCCUUUCUUCCUCUCCCAACAUAACAAUCGUGGUAACAGAAUGCGACUGCUGAUUUACCGAUGUAUUUAAUGUAAGUAAAAGAAGGAAAAAAAGAAAA